UAGGGUCUGUAUAAACACAGUGUUGCUCGAUUCGCCGAACCCGGCGGUUCUUACUGAUGUGUUCCUUGAUAUUUCGGACGGAUAUCGUUUUCUUUUGCCCGCUGGGUUUUCCAAGCGACAGUAUUGAAGCCGAAUCAUUUGAUGUAAGUUGAAAAUCAGCUGCACGCUCGUUCUUCCAAAUAACAAAUCAAUAUGAUCAACUGCAAACGUCAGUUCACAAGUGAAUCUCGUUAUCAAAACUAUUUGCUAACGUUAUCAGGCCGCGGUUAAUAUUAUCGAGCGGAAAUUGGGUAGCUAAGGAGGAAGAGAAAGGCGGAUGCUAGAUAUUAACGUAGGAGUAUUGCGAGGGCGUAAGAGCAACAGUGGCGACAAGAUGCUCGAAGUGGGGGUGUGAGGAUACGGAUCGGAUGCUUAAUAUUAUAUGUGUAAGUCGCCUCUGGCGGGAUACCCAAGUGUGUAUAGCGUGAGCUUACAGGUUUGUUGAUUAUUUAUGCGGACAAAGUAGAAAAAAAGAUUGAAGUGUGAAAUGGGCUGACAGUCGUGCUUCAUUCUUUGAGUGUUGGAAUGCAAUCUAAUAUCGAAUGAAACAAAUUCGAGGGGUGCUGAGGAGAUACCUUUCUAUCUUUUUCAAUGAUUGAUUUCGCGUAGAAAUGCGAAUGCCUAAUGUGUUCUAGGGCUAAGCACUUGGCUUAUUUUAUUUGAUUUUUUAUCAAAAUAGUCUAGAAAAUCAAUACUUUGAUUCUCGAGCGAGUGACUAAUAAUAGAUAACGGAAUUUUAAGUAAUCGUUGAAAUGGCAUUGGAUAAUUUAUGUAUACCGAAAUAAAGAAAAUGAUCGAACUUGGAAAGUGGAGUGCCUAUGUAAGUUUCCGAAUUUUCGUUUCAUAAACAGUCUGGUAUGUGCUUAUAAAUUGAAUUGAAAGCAUUAAAUAAUUGAAAUUGACACACAAACUUUUGUUUUGAACAUAGAAUAUGAGUAAACCUUCAACAGUUCAAAUCAGAAAAUGGAUACUUCUUUGUAGGUAGUAACAUGCAAUGGAUUCUCUUCGAGAACAUCUUCAAACAACGUCUUUUAUGAUGUCACCAAUCCAAGAGAAUCACAAAUCUUAUUCGAAGUUAGCUCAAAUCCAUAAUACUUUUCAAAACGGAUAUCCCACAGCGAAGAUGGUCAAAAGAAUUCUCAAAAAAGAGGGCGACAUCAAUUGCCGAAUCCCAGCGGACAACACUCUCACAUCGCCAGAAUUUGAUUUGACAGGUUGCACAUGCUUAGACACAGCAGCUCGCAAAAAGAACAUCAAAGUGUUCAAUAUUCUGUUGGAAAAUGAUGCUGAUUUCACAAUUCAAAAGUUCAACGGCAAUACAAUCCUCCAUGCAAUGGCGAUUGACGAAUCACCCGAAGUAUACGACGAGUUCAUCAAGUCAGUAUUCAAUGCACAUAUAAUGCUCAAAGAUCCUACAAAUCCAAUCAACAACAAAGGGAUAUCUCAUUUCCACAUCGCUUGCAUGACAGGAAACGUCAAAGCUGUCGAAUUUUUCCUGCACAAUCACCUACACGUCAACGGAGAUGUGAAUCUGGAUUCAGCGCACUUUCCUGGUUUCACGCCGCUACAUUUUGCAGUGAAGUCGGGCAAUGCGGAAAUUGCGAGGAUACUUCUGAAAUACAAAGCACGCAUAGAUCUCAAAGACGCUCGGGGAAUGACGGCUCUGCACGUACUCAUCGAGGAAAAAUUGAAAUUGUUCGAUUUACUGAGGACGAGUUCAAUCAAGACUUGCAGGAGCAUUAUGUCGCAGAUCCGAACGAUGGAUGACAUAACGAAUUUAAUGCUAGGUAAUGACGAAGUGGACGAUAUAGGCUUGUCAUACUUUCACGUUUCCUGCACAAUGCUUGAUUCCUCGGUGACGGAAUAUCUCUUACAGCAGAUUACAGAUAUCGAUGAUUCAGUGAAUGUUAAGUCGCCAAUCUGGCCAGGCUACACUGCCCUUCAUUUCGCUGCGCACUGCAAUGUCGACACCGUCAAGAUAUUGGUGAACAGGGGAGCGGCUCUUAGUUGCGAAGAUAUCAAUGGAGUCACGCCCAUGGACAUUUGCUUGAAAAAGCUUGGCUUGAAAGACAUUCAGUUGAUCCUAGAAUCCAAAGAAAAUUGGAAUUACCUAACGCUCACGGAUGGUAAAACGCGGUUGAUCGAUUUGGUCGCUUGUAUGAAAGAUUCGAAGCAGUUAGAAGAUUUCCUACAAAUGGCGGUCGAAGACGUUAAUAUUUCGGUUCCAGCGUUUUUCUCCUUAUGGUCUGGCAUGACACCAUUACACUUGGCGAUACUCUUUUCCGAGGGGAACGACACCGAAAUCGUCCAAGUGUGCCUGAAUCGCAGAGCGGACGUUAUCGCGACGGACGCUCGAGGCUGGACUCCGCUUCAUCUUGCAUACCGAAUGAACAAAUUGCAAGCCGUGAGCUUGAUUCUUCAGUAUCACAAACAAAUUGCUAAUCCCACAGACCACGACAAUCUGUCCCACCUGCAUAUUGCGUGCGCAGUGGGCGACACAAAUUUUGUAGAUAGACUCCGGGAUAGCGUGUACUUGAAUAUUAUCUACAUGGGAAGAUCUUCUAUUGGGCUUAUCAAUCCUGGUUCCACUCUACUUCACGUCGCUGUUGCCAAUGGAAGUUGUGACAUUGUCAGGAUGUUGCUCAAUUCUGGUGCUGAUCUCUACGCAAGAGACGCUUGUAGAUUGACUCCUAUUCAUCGAUUUCUUAAUCUUUACUCGACCUUACCACGUGGCACUAGGGAUGUCAUGAGAGUUUUGCUGUUGUGGAGGAAUCUCGACGAGAGCGUUGCCGACGAGAUUGGACUGACCCGAUUGCACAUUGCCACGUAUUGUAACGACUUGUUUGGAGUGGAGAGUAUCGGUGAUCAUGUCAACAUGGUGGUCAACUGCAAAGAUCCAUCGUCCAUGUGGUCGCGUUACACCGGUUGUACUCCAUUGCAUAUGGCAAUUAUGGAACGUUCGACCAGAGAUGUGGUAGAGACUUUAUUGAGGCGUGGUGCUGAUAUUCUGUCAAAAAGAUCAGACGGAAUGACGCCAUUGUUUGAAACUUUGAAUGGCAAUUGUACUCGAUAUCAGGAACUUUUCGUAGCUAUUCUGAGAAGCAGCAGCGAGUUGCGAAGACGACUCGAAAAAUUUUCAGGAAUAACGAUGCUUCACAUCGCCUGCCAUCGAGUUAACGUCGAAGAAGUCGCACGAUUGCUUGACAAAUGGGUUGACUACAAUGCUAAAGUUUACAGGAAUUGUGCAGUUUGGGCUGGUUGCACGCCUUUGCAUUUGCUAUUGGAGAACAUCGAUACAUUAGAAGAGCGCGGUAUCGAAACUAAUUUUUAUGCUAUUUUGAGAAAAUUAUUGAGUGUGGGAGCUGAUGUUACAAUUACGAAUUCAGCGAGAAAUUCUCCUGUACAUAUGCUAUUUGAACGAUUUUUAGGUGACAAAACUUACUUGUGGUUAAGUCUGCUGAUGAAAUUUCAUAUAGAUUUCAAUAUCAACCCUGUUAAUUCACAAGGGAUAUCACACUUCCACGCUGCCUGUAUGGUACACAAUGUAGAGGCUGUCAGACGAUUUUUACAGCGAGGAGUCAAUGUCAAUGAGCCUAUCAACUUUUUUACAAAGAUGUUUCCUGGAGAAACUCCCCUGCAUUUAGCAGUGGAUCAUCAAUCGGAAAGGCUUUUUGGAGGUGAAAAUUUACGACACACCAUUGAGUUGCUGUUGAGCCACGGUGCUAAUGUUUACGUUGAAAAUAGUUAUGGCUACACACCGCUCCACAUGGCUGUUCGAAUGGGGCCAACUAAAUUGGAACUUAUGGAGAAGUUCAUCUGCUGCGGAGCACCCGUCAACAUCGAAAGUAUAUUUGGAGAGACACCAUUGGAGAUUUUAUUGAAAUCGGAAGACAUAUCGCUUCCGGCAAUGAUGCAUUUUGUCAAUCAAGGCUGCAGUCUUGAUGCUUGUAAUCCUAUAACCAAUGAAAAUUAUAUAUCGAUGAUUCUUUCUCGUGAGUAUCAUCCGUUUAGCCAAGAUCAAGUUUUUGCAAAGGCUAUGGAAAUUUUAUAUUCGGCUAAUGGAGAGGACACAAGUCGUAUCUUACACGGAAACUGUGACUCGAGCGCAACGGAUAAUUUAGCUACCUCGACAAGUGACCAUGUUGGCUCAACUGAAAGAGUCGGCAAAUUCAGAGGUCUAUUUCAAAAAAUCAAAUUCAAACACCGAUCUCCAAGGCACGUGAGCCGUCCGUCACUGUCAACUGAGCAAUCAAGCGACAGCAUAUCUGCUGACGAGAUGUAGUUUGUAGAAAUUUUGUGAUGUUAGAAUUUAGAGCAAUCGAUAUAUUUUUGAUCCUGAAAUAAAUCAAUAUUAUUAAACCACUUGUGAGCUUUACAUUGAAACAAUAUAAUUAAUAGGAAUCUUCGCUGUUUUAGGAAUUGUAUUUUUUAUGAACAACAGAAUAAACACACAAAGAACUGAAAGUAGGUACAAAAACAAUCUGAAUCAUACAUAAAAAGAGAUCUGUUUAUUUCGAGAAUUUUACUUUUGAUAUGAGAAUGUACUGUUACAAAGUAAUUCUAAAUAACGAAU